AUGUUGAUAUUUAUUCGUGGUUUAUCUGGUGCAGUUACACCUGUCAAUGUAAGUCCACAUGAGAGCGCAUUGUCAGUAAAAAUAAGGAUGUUUUACUUGAAAAAUAUACCUAUACAUGAUCAACAUUUAUUAUACUCUGGUGUUGAAUUAACAGAUCAAACAAUAUUAUCAACUGUAAAUAUUGGACAUGGUGCUUUAUUACUCCUUGUUUUAGGCUUAAAAACUGGACCAUUAGGUCGAUAUGAUUUAUGCUCAUCAAUUCAUCAAAAAUAUUCCACUGGUGAAAUGUCAUCACAGUCUUAUUCUCUUUUGAAUACCACUACUACUAAUAAUAAUAACAGUAGUAAUGACGAAAUGGAAUAUACACGUUUAUUAUCCCUAUUGACAUCUUCUUCUUCGCCUCAUUCAUUUACAUCAUCAUUAACUCCAACAGUUGUUUUCCCAUCGACCAUGUAUAUCACAACACCUUUGAUCAAUACAACAUCGAAUCAAUUAAAACAAAUGGAAACAAAUCUUUUCGUGAAUUCAUUGGGAUCCUACAAUAAUGAUGAGGUUAAUCAUGAUAAUAAUGAGAUUAUUGAUAAUUCCAAUCAUUUCAUAUCAUCGCAUGAAGAUGAUGAUGCUGAUGAUGAUGACGAUGAUCAAAUCAAUCAGAUUGCUGAAAUUCUCGGUUAUGCUAUUGAUGAAAAUGAACAUUUGUCAUUAUCAUCUUCAUCUGCAUUGUAUGAUGUAAGCAAUGAACAUCAAAUGUAUAAUGAUACUACUGAUGAAAUGAAUUGUCAGUAUUAUUAUAAUAAUGAUGAACAAUUAUUUCAGCCACAAUUUCAUUGGUUAAUACCAUCGAACUAUAAUUUCACGCAACAUUUACUCAGCAUACCAGAAACGAAUUCACAUUUAUUAUGCAACAAUAUGAAUUCUAACAAUCCUGAAAUCAAUACAUCUAUUCCUACUACUGCUACCACAACCGCCAUCAUCAAUACUGAUCUCCUGAAUUCUUCCGCUGAUCAACUCAAAUCUAAUUCCCACUUGUGUUCACCUUCUUCAAAGCAGUCCUGUUUAUCUUCACCAAAUGUCAAUGUUAUUGUCGAUAAUGACAACAAUAAUAUCAGAAAUAAUCUUACACCCAUCGGUAUCCAAAAAUCUAUCCCUAAUAACAAUGAAACAACUGCUAUCGUUGUCCGUGAUGUUGAUGGUGUUCAUUCCGACAGACACUGUUCCAGCUCAAAUACUCUCCCGUUAUUGAAUACUACUACUACUACCACUGCUACGACUAUAUCAAACCCACCGAUUUUAUCCAAUGAGAAUUAUCUCACAAAUUUAUUAAUCAACAACAAUAAUUCAACUAAUAUUCAUUUCCUCAAUCCAUUGUCAAUUAGUUCGCCAUGUUCAUAUUCAUUUUAUUUAACUAUGCAAAUGAAAUUAUCCUUAUUGUUCAAUAGUCAAUAUUUGUCUAAUCAUUCAAUAUCAUCAGAUAUUAAUGGUGUUGUUAUGAAUAAAAGAAGAAGUAAAUCACCUGCAAAUAAAUCUUCCAAAUUAUCGCUGAAUCAAAAUGAUUUUCCACAGAAUAUUACCGAGAAAUUAUUAACUCCUAUUGAUAAUUUUUCACAAAUCUAUUCAUUGAAUACUACUGUCACUAAUGAUACAUCUUCAUCAGAUUCACUUCAAUCAUUAUCAUUGCCUUCUUCUCACACUGCAACUACACAUUCAAAUCAAUCCAGAUGUUAUGAAUGCCAUAGACGAACUCGAUUAGCUUGUGGUUUUAGUUGUCGAUGUGAACGAUGGUUCUGUUCAAGACAUCAUCAUCCAGAAGAUCAUCAAUGUAAUUUUCAAUUUAAAACAAUGAUGAAUUUAACAUUGAAAUAAAAAAAAAAGGAGAAAAUAUUAAUUUUGAUACUUGACUUUGUUUUGUGCACUUCUCUGUGUGUGUGUGUGUGUGUGUGCAAUGCGUACGUCAAAAUGAGAUGAGAUUGUGGUACAAGUGGAAAUUUUAUUUCAACCUCAUUGUGUAUAUUAAGUAAUUAAUUAAUUUUUUUGCCUUUCAUAUUGAAAUUCAUUUAGUAAUUUAGAUUUUCUAUUAUUCAUUUUAAUCAAUGAAUU